AAAAUUACAUCAUUUUCAUGACCCUUAUUCGAGUCAAGAAGAUGGGUUACUAGAUAUCGCUCCUUCUUCCUGACAGCGAGGUAGUAAUUGUCACCAGUAGGCUUGAUGAUAUAAUAAUACAAAAUGUCCCAAAGACCCAGAUUUAGGCCCAAAAGCUUGUUCAAAGCAGAUACCCCCAUCACUAUCCUAAAGAAAUUGGGGCAACAUUGGAGGGCGCAAAGCUUUGCGGCUGAGAAAACCCAGAGGAAGAAAGGAUCAAGGGGAAAUCGAACUCCACCCUCAGUGAUGGCACGAGUAAGAAUGGAGAUACUCUCCCUUGUGCCUAUUAAGGGUUCAUCCUUUCCAGCAACCCUUAUCUCAACGUCGCUUGGAACGUUAUAUUUUACUCUGAAAACUGGGAUUUCUGAAGAGGUGAGAGGUGCCAUUGAGGAAGAUGAACGCAAAAAGAAGAAAGGUAGUGCAGAUACGAAGAAAGAGAUGAAUCUAAAACUGAGAAGGCAAAGUGACAAGAAAACGAAGAGAAAUCGUUUAUAAAGAAAGAUAAUUCUAAAAGGCAAUAUUUAAAUACAAAGCA